UCCGGUUUCCUGAGCAUCCCGUCUCCCUGUUCCCCGAGCAUCCCAUCUCUCUGAUCCCCUCGGUUCCUGCAUCUCUCCUGUUCCCCGAGCAUCCCAUUUCCCCGCUCACCCUGCUACUCACAGUUCCUUGUUCCCUGAGCAUCCCACCUCCCCGUUACCCGUAUCUCCUGGUUCCCUGAGCAUCCCAUCUCUCUGCUACCCUCAGUACCAGCACCUCUCCCGUUCCCUGAGCAUCCUAUCUCCCCACUGCCUCCGGUAUCCGCAUUUCCCUGUUCUCUGAGCAUCCCAUCUCUCCGCUACCCUCCCUACCUGCUUCACUCCAGUGGUCUCAGCAUCCUCUCUCCCCCUAUCUCCUGUUCCCUGAGUAUUCUACCCCCCCACCACCCCAACACCUGCAUUUUCCCGACUCUCUGAGCAUCCCAUCUCCCCGCUCCCCGUGGUACCCACAUUUCCCAGCACCCCACACCCCGCAGCCAUGGCGUUCAUGGUGAAGAGCAUGGUCGGGGGGCAGCUGAAGAACCUGACGGGUGGCCUGGGUGGCGAGGAGAAGAGCGAGGGCGAGAAGUCCCCGGCAGAGGCUCAGGGCAUGACCCGUGAGGAAUAUGAGGAGUACCAGCGGCAGCUGGUGGAGGAGAAGAUGGAGCGAGAUGCCCAGUUUGCCCAGCGCAAAGCGGAGAGGGCCACUGUCAGGUCCCACUUCCGAGACAAGUACCGGCUCCCCAAGAACGAAACCGACGACAACCAGAUCCAGCUGGUGGGAGGCGACGUGGAGCUGCCCAAGGAGCUGGCCAAGAUGAUCGAGCAGGACAACGAGGAGGAGGAAGAGAAGAACUCCGUCAUCGGCCAGCUCAGCAACAUCCAGAACCUGGACCUUGACUCCUUGAAGGACAAAGCCUCGGCCACGCUAGAGGACCUGAAGCAGUCAGCCGAGAAAUGCGCCGUGAUGUGACCCGACCGAUGUGACACCCUCAGCCUCGCCGUGGUGGGGACCCACCGAUGUCCGUGUGAGUCGGGUUCUCCUUCUGAGCCGUGUUAAGCCCUGACCCAGAUGUCCCCGCUCCGUCCGUGCCGGUAUCCCCGUGCGUGGUGUUGUCGUUGGGUCGCGGUCCGGUCUGAGGUUAGAGCAGAGCGAUGGCUUCGCGUCCCUGUCUCCCGGGGCGGGAUCGGCUCCGUGCGGGAGAAGGGGCAGAAGGUGACCCCGCAAGGGAAAACGCUUCCUUCUCUGUCGUGAUGUGGUCGUGUGCUGUGCUCAGUCGAGUGUUACACCUCCUAUGCUGUCCCCGUGCCACGGCACCGUUAUCGCCGCUGGAAUAAAUACCAGGAGAUGUCUAUGCAUUCCUUUCUCCCGCAGUGCUCCCUCCGGUGCUACAGGCGAUGGCAUUUCAGUGCUGGGUGCUGGAAGCUCCACAUUUAGGGCACCUUCGCUGCCACCCAUGCGGGCUUCGUGCCCAACGUGCCCAGGCAGCAGCAGGGGAAAUAUCAGCCUUCCUCCCCAACCCCAGAGAACCGACCCGGUGACCUUCACGGGUCUUUCCCAACUCAAAAGGUUCAAUGAUUCCAAGGACUGGGAGGGGACCCCCCUUCUUUGGGAAGACACAAAAAGCCACUGCGCCAACAGCGCGAUGGCCGGAGCGCUUCGCCCGUGCACAAAGCCCAGAACGAGGAAUGGUGACAGCGGUGACACAAAUGAGCCGCUACCCGGGGAUGGAGGAUUUCACUGCACGCUUUGGGGUUGGUUUUCUUUUCCCUUUUUUUUUUUUUUUGUUAUUUGCAGUCAAUUAAACCUCCCCGCGGG